AUGGCUAUUGCAGGAAUUGCGGCCGAGUCCCUCCAAUGGCAGGCAUUGGUAACAAUCGGCAAACCGGACGCGGCUAUGAUAGGGCCCGCUCUGAUCCAAGGUUUCCUACAGUAUUUGUUUCAAGGUGUGUAUCCUAUCUAUCUAGCCAUCAAGUUCUACGACAGAUGCCAAGGAGAUCCUAUGACACUACGGGUAUAUGUCUUCAUGCUCGUGCUCUUCUCGAUAGUGCAGACUGUGAUAGAGAGCUACAAAGUGUGGCUCGUGACAAUCAAUCUUACACACCGAGCACGUUACCUCGCUCUCCUCUCAAAAGACGAGCAGCCCCUGUGGAACGCAGUACUCUGCACUCUAUGCGAGUCGUACCUCAUAAGACGAUGCUACAAAGUGACCCAUAGGAACAUUUGGGUCCUGCUCAUCCUGUCGGCGCUUUCAGCCACCUCCUUCGUGGCGGUCCUCAUCCUCGUCAGUGUGAUCUCACUCGCAUGCAUCAACAAGGGUCGGACGGAUGUGCGUGUGUGUCGGGAUCGCGGAAGUUGCUCUGACGGACCGGCAUACGCUCAGCUGCUGCAUGCCAGCACGUACGCAUACCCCCUUUGGGUGUAUAGUCAACUCGCAACCGCAGUCUCGUUGACAGCCAUACUGUCUGUCUGCCUGUGGCGAACGAGAACGGGACUCCCCCAUCUGGACCGCACCGUCGCCCGCAUCAUCUUCCUGACCUGGGAGACUGCAGCGCUACCCUCGAUCUGCAUGCUUGUUUCCGGCAUCAUAUUCUCCAUCCGUGACGCACAGGGCCCCGGGAAGACCGUUCUCGAGCGCUCACACCUCGACCUCUUCUUUGCCAUCCUCGCCGGCAAGCUAUAUGCGCUCGGAAUCCUCCGCACGCUCAACUCGCGUACCAAAUUCCGCGAGCGGCUGAAUUCUAGCUCUCUCGGGCGUCGCUCGCUCUCAGGGUGGCAAAGGGCCGACGACACGGCCAACUCUGCGGAAUCGCGGGACAUGAACGCAGGCCGAGAGGAGAUGUCAACCUUAAGGGACUCAGUAGCUGAGAGCAGAAAGGAUUUCGGGUCGACUUCCUCAGCCGUCCAGAUGGCGGAGUGCGGUGCUGGGCUGCCGACUUCGACGGCGACGAAUCCCGUAGUGACUUUCCAGCCGCCCGAGGAAGGAGGCAGACAAUGGGCUGUUGGGAGUGGAUCCGGCAUCGAGGUGCAUAUGAUCAUGCAGUACUGGCCUAUCAAAUACUAA